AUGGAUUGGCUGAACAAGAAUCGAGUUAAUCUCGAUUGUGAGACCAAGAGGGCUAUUUUGAAGACUCCUGAUAAAAGGAAGAUUAUGAUGAUCGGGGAACAUUGUGUAUUCCUGAUGAAUGUUGUGUAUGCUUUAGUAGCUGAAAGGAUGAUCAGAAAGGGUUGUAAGGUGAUUCAACCCUAUCUGGACCAGUUUAUGGUUGUGUUCAAUGAUGACAUAUUGGUGUAUUCUCAAACUGAAGUAGAGUACGAUGAGAAUUUGAAGAUUGUUCUGCAAACUCUGAGGGAGAACAAGUUGUACACCAAGUUGAGCAAGUGA